AUGAAGAAAGCAGUCAAGAGUAGCGCUCAACAGGGCCACCCAUCUGAGAUUAGCACAGAUCUCAGGAGCAGUUCUGGGCACCCAACAGCAGCCCAGACAGCUCAAAAACUACCAAGAGAGGCUUCCCCCCCCCCCCCCCCCCCCCCCCGCGCCCUCGCGGCGGGGUCGCGUGCCCCGGUCGCGCUCACCGCUGCCGUCUGCCGCAGGUACCUCCUGUGCGAGCUGGUGUCAGAGGACGCGCGCUGCCGCCUGAGCCUGGACGACCGCGUGCUCGGCGGCCUCGUCCGCGACACGAUCGCCCGGGUGCACGGGACCUUCGGCGCCGCCGCCUGCUCGGUGGGCUUUGCAGUUCGCUACGUCAAUGCCUACACCGGAGUAGUGCUACUUCGAUGCCGAAAGGAGUUCUACCGGCUUUUGUGGUCAGCUCUCCCUUUCAUCACGCAUUUGGAGAGCAAAGGACACCGGUACUCGUGUUUUCUCAACACACUGCACGUGGGAGGUACAAUUAGAACCUGUCAGAAAUUCCUGAUAAGGUACAACCGGAGACAGCUGUUGCCGUUGCUGCAGAAUUGCACUGAUGAAGGGGAACAGGAAGCCAUUAAGAAGUCUUUCUCGAUAAGCCGUCUACUGGAGAAAGAGCCGUCCGAAGAGCUCUCAGACAUUGCUGGUGAGGACGCUGCGGAAGCAAUAGAAUGACCCUGUUUCCAGGCCCACUUGUGGGACCAGGAAGUUGGAGUUGGCAGCAGCGCCCCACAGUUCUCCAAACUAUGAGCCAGAGCACAGGUCAUGGCUGCCUUUACCAUCCAUGGUCCUAGAGGCUCUGUACAGAAGUUUCCUAUGUAACCACUGAGCCGAGUGGGUGGAAUAAAUAUUCUUGGCUUCCAAAGCAACAUUCCUAAACUACAUAAAGUAUAUAAUUCAUGCUUGGCCAGGUCUCUGCUAUCACACUGGCCUUGAAUGUGCUUCCGUGUGGUACUAGAUGAAUUUUAAAUAUUCCUAGUCCCUUAAUAUAAGAAUUCAGGCAUGGUAGUACAUGCCUUUAAUCCCAACACCAGGCUGGCUGAGGUAAGCAGAUGUUUUAGGCCAGCCCUGUCUACAGAGUGAGUUCCAGAACAGCCACAAUUACAGAGAAGUGUUGGUGAGGAAGACUCGUGUGAAGCAGAAAUACUGGUGACUAACCACCAACUACAAUGACAUAAUCUAGGGUCGGCCCAGUAUAUUUUGGGACUGCAGACACCAGGAUACCCGCCUGACCACUGAUCCGGCGGCUUGAUAAGAAAUGUAGCUUUCAGCUGGCCCAGUGAGGCAGGAUAGCACUUGGGAGGAUUGCUGGCUUGAAUGCGGACGGUUCCCAGGUGGCGGGACUGUCUGGGAAGCCUACUGUUCCCAAUUAGCUCUCUGCCUCCUGCUAAUGGAUCAAAUGUAAGAUGCCAGCUACUUCUCCAGCACCAUGUCUGCCUGUCUACUGCCAUGCUUUCCGUGAUGAUUAUGGACUCACCCUGUAUGGUGGUUUGAAUAGGUAUGGCCCCUGUAAACUCCUGUAUUUGAAAGCUUGGUCAUUAGGAGUUGUGGCCUUGUUGGAGGAAUUGUGUCACUGCAGCAGCAGGCUUUGAGGUUCCUGUGCCUCAACCUAUACCUAGUAUGGCUCACAGUUGCUUCCUCUGCCUGUGGAUCAAAAUAUAAAAUUCACAGCACCAUAUCUGUUGAAGCACUGCACUGCCAUGCUUCUCACCACGAAGAUAAUAAUGGAUGAGACCUGAAACUGUAAACCAGACCCAAUUAAAUGUUUUCUUUAUAAAAAAAA